UAUAGACUCUUUUUAUUAGAGCAAUUAGUUAAAGAAAACAUUAAGAUCUAGCGGGUAUGACACGAGUGUGGUCAGUGGAUGAAGAAAUAAAACUUUACAGUUUGGUAUGUGACUUUAAGCCUGCUGGUAAGGAUAAGAUUAAGCAUAUGAACUCGAUAGUGGAAGCUAUCAAUAAAGAUGUUACAGUUACGACUCAUAUUACAGCAGAUGAUAUAUGGGAACGAUUAAAGCAAUUGUAUGAUCUACCUGCACUAGACGCAUUAGAAGAUUAUAAAGAAGGAGAAGAUCUGAUAGAGGAAGAACUGAUUGAUGAUGAAGGACCUAAAGGAGAAAAGCCAAAACAGGAAGCACAGGAAGAAGAAAUAAAAGAGGAAGAACUAAAAGAAGAGGAAGAGGUACCUAAAGGUAAACGAGUGGAUGUUAAGGAACCUACACCAAAAUCUACGGGUAAGAGAUCUAGAAAGGUAGUUGUAAAGGAAGAAGAGGAUCAAGAAGAUGAAGAGGAUGAACAAGAGGAAGAUGAAGAGAAUGAUCAAGCAGUAAGUGAUGGUACUCCUGAAGUAGAAGAAGAAGAGGAGGAGGAAGAAGAAGAAUCUCCUUUAAAGAGAAGACGUAAAAGAAAAGAUAGUGAAAAACUUGUUGACAAGGUAACCAGCAAGAAACGAACAAGAUCUUCAGCCAGACUUGAACCUGUAGAAACAACUCCACCACCUUCUAAAAGAAGACAAUCUCGAGUCAGUACCACGUCUCCACAAUCUCAAUCACAAACUCAAAGAAGAAGAACGCGGUCGGAAACUCAUCAUGAUGACUCUGAAGCUCCAGAAGAUGACAUAGCUGUGAAGCAGACUGAUAAGAAAUCAAAACAAAAGGAUAAAGAACAGGAACCAGAAGAAGAACAGACUCCUACUACAAGAAGAGCUACUCGAUCAGCUAAAGUUCAUCCACCACCGGUUAGAAGAAGUAGUAGAAAAAAGUAGAGCUCUUUGUAUUUCGAUUGAAAGUAAAUACUUUUAUAAC